AUGCAGUACGAGGGCACCGACCAGGUCCUAGAUUACAUCCAGACAAUUAUCCACCAGCUCCGGUUCGAAGCAGGUUCCGCAGGUGCCAAAGCCACCAAAACCCGACGGACUAGCCAAUCCCCACCACAAAGCCGACCCAUCCUUCAAUCCCGGACGACAACGGCCGCACAAGAGGAUUCUGUGGUGAUAUACAGCUUUGCGCAUUGCUCCCCGGACGAAUACGUGCGAAUCUCCAAGACCAUUGACGUUUCGCUCGCCAUCGGUCGCUUCCCUGAACCCACUGAUCUUCCCGCCGCUCUCCAAGCACUCAAGCCUAGCAUCGACACAAGGCUCUGCCGCCCGUUGCCUUUUCCCGGAUCAAGCAGUGAAGCUCUGGCCUCGCGGAUAUACCCUGCUUCGUCGAGUAGGUCUGAGCUUGACGGGAUUAGUAUCGAAACUCUUUUGGGGAAUUACGGCCAAUGGGAGAGUACGGCGCUUGAUCCGGAUGGCUGCUUAUCAGAAAGUCCACCCAUUGAGGAUACCGACACUGCACUGGUGGAACAAACUACCCCAGAGCCAUUUUCUGGAGCAGAAGCAUUUGGCAUGUUCUCUGCCGCAUCCUCCGCGGGCGACUUGGAUUCCUUGUUUCCGCUAGACUCUACGAUUAACGCUACUGAAGCGACGGGUGACGCGACGAUGAUCAAUCUAUUUUCGUAUGAUUAG